UGAUUUAUGAGUAGAACACUCAAGAUAUAUGGCCAUGAGGUGCACCUUGAGAAAGGCACUGGUAAGAGACCCUUGCACAGAAACAAAAUCACGAAAAGUCCUUCUUUGUUAGCCAAGAAAAGAAGAAAGGAUAGAUUCCUUAAAAAUGCAAUCCGAUGCUGAGAAAGAAUCAGCAUCAGAAGGACUCUUCGAGAGAAGCUGAAUUUCGAUAGUGUAGCCGAAGCCUAUACGACUCCAGAGAAAGAACAAGAGUAUAUGAAAUCUUACAAUGAAGAAAAACCUAUUAAAGAUUGAUCGUCUAAAAAGUGAAGGAAAGUAACUAUAACUAGUGAUGUGAACACAUCUGACACUAAGCCAAGAUCAAUGAGCAUUGAUACUAAACUCAGAAGAAAUAGCCAGAAGGUGACUCUACUUGGAAUCAAUGGUAGCGCUACCAUAAGCGAAGCUACGAAACUUGGCAGCAGCUGACAGGGCUCCAACAAGAUACUUCCUACUACUAAGGAGGUUCGAUUAGUGACUCAAAAGUUGCAAAAGCUGACUUUAAACCCAGAGAGCCUAUACUUUUCCGACGCGAAGAAGCUGACUGAUAAAUUUCUCAAAGAGAGUAAAAUCAAAGGGGAAUUAGAGACAUCAAUAUUCAAAGAUGCCAUGAAAAAGUGUAAAAAUUUAAAAAAAUUUAAGAAGACACCAUCUAUUCUGAGGGCGAUGAAGAGAGGAGACUCUAAAUUUGAGGACAGCCUGGAUAUCCUUCAAAACUUGAGGGAUAAAGUAGCCAAGGACAUCAUCUUAGAAGAAGAUGAACAGGAUAAUGACCCCAUGCAAGAACUUAUAGAUGCUAAUACGAAGAAGCAAUGAGAUACCAAGGUCUAUAAGCCAUUAGGAUGCACAAUAGAUGAAUCUUGAACUUCAGAUGAAGAUGACAUACGAGGAAAUCAUAAUAAACCCAAAACUAAGCAGCCAUCCUUUAUGGCUCCACUUGAGACAAGGAUGAAAAUUAUGUCAAGUCUCUACUCGAACACCCCAAAUAUAAAAAGAAUGAAGACUGACAACAAUAUUUUGGAGGGCUAACAAAGAAGCAACUCCACAAGCAGCUGGCAAACUUGCAAAACUAAUUUCAGAAGAGAAAUCAUCUUCUAUAA